AUGCUGUUAAAAAAAAAAAAAGAAUUCGAAAAUCAGAAAGGGAAAGAGAAUAUUUUAAUUUAAACUUCAUCUAAUAAAAAGGGAGAAUAAUAAGUUAAACACAAGCUUCUAUUACCUAAAGAUUUGCUUUAUAAAUUAUUCCUUUUCUUAACACCUAAAGAGAUUAAUAAACUUAUAAGAACACUCAACAAUUAGUAUUUGUAACUAAUAAAUUAAUAAUUCUGGAAUGUAUUAUUAUUAUUUAAUAAUUAGUAUUAUAAUAGAUAUAAUCCUCUAUAAUUUGAUGACUUAUAUUCAAAGUUUAAAUUUCUAUAAGAAAGAAGAUCAAAAGGGAAAUUAUAUCAAGUUUGUAAUAGAUUAACUGGUUAAUACUUUGUGCUUAGAGAAUUAGAUACAAUUAAGGCAAAUGCAAAUCAUAAUGAUGGAAUAUAAACAUCUGUUUUAAGAGAAAUUUCAUAUGUUAAAUCCUUAAAAUCUCAUGAGAACAUAGCUUCUAUUGUAUAAGUUAAAAUCAACAAUCCUAUAGUGUAAAUUUUAUAUGAUUAUUACCCUUUGAAUUUAAGAGAAUAAUUAAAAAAGACAGAUUUAUCUAUUGAAUAAAUAAAAUCACUCUUUUUGCAAAUAUGUAGAGGUGUAGAAUAUUUACAUUAAAAUCAUAUAUUACAUCGUAAUUUGAAACCUGAUAAUAUAUUCAUUAUAAAUAAGAUAGUUAAAAUUUCAGAUUUUGGAAUGUCUAGAUUAGAAACCUUUCCUAUAAUUCCUUAUACACCAGAAGAUCCAAAAGAAAGAGAAAGAUCAAAUAGAGAAGUUAAAAGAUUAUGGUAUAGAGCACCAGAAAUGCUAUUUAGAAAAUAAUAUUACAGUUGUGAAAUUGACAGUUGGUCAUUGGGAUGUAUUUUAGCUGAAAUGGCUUUAAGAAGUCCAUUAUUUAAUGGCAAAACUGAAAUUGAAUAUUUAUUUGAAGUAUUCUAAUUUUUGGGAUCACCUGAUGAUAAUGAUUGGAAUUCAAUAUCUAGUGAUGUCAAAUUUAAAUUCCCUUAAUGGAAGAAAUAUAAUCUCUAAAUCAAUGAAUUAAAUAAAAAUGAUAUAAUAGAUAUAAUUUAGAAUAGAAAAUAGAUUUAUGAAAAAUUAUUAACUCUUAAUACAAUUUUAGGUAAAGAUGGAAUAGAUUUAUUAUAAAAACUAUUAUGUAUAAAACCUGAAAAUAGAUUAGAUAUAAUAGAAAUCAUUUAACAUCCUUUUUUAAAUGCUAUAAAUCAAAAUAUAUAGAUUCAUUAUUUAGAACCAAAAUUCAAAGAAUAUUUGGAAUUCUAAAUAGAAAUUAAUUAAACAAUGCGGAGUACUUUAAUAGAUUGGUUGAUUGAUGUAUGUAUUCAUUUUGAAUUAAUGGAUGAAACAUUGCAUUUAUCUAUCAUAUAUAUUGAUUUAGUAUUAUCAAAAAUUAAGAUAAGUAAAAAGAACUUAUAAUUAAUAGGAGUUACCUCAUUAAAAUUAGCAGAGUAAUAUAUUUGAUUAAAUUAAUAGUGUUUAUAAUGAAAGAUCUAAGGAAUACUUUAAAUAAGAGAAUUGUAAUGCUUAUGCUUAUAUUACUGCAGAUGAAUAUAAUGAAUAAUAAAUUAUUGAUAUGGAAUAGCAAAUUCUUUAAAUUUUAGAUUAUAAUUUAAGUUACAGGACUCCAAUUUAAAUCUUAAAAAUAAUAAAUUCAAAACUAAAAGUUUCAACUGAAUCUUAAUUGUUAUCUUAUUAUUUUUGUGACUUUUUUAUUAUGGGAUAUGAAUAACUUAUUAUUGAAAGAUAAUUAUAUGCUAUUUGUUGUUUAUUGUUGGCUUUGAAUACUAAAAAUGAAUAGAUAAAUUCAAAUUAGCAAUUUUAAUUUACUGAAAAAGAUGUAACUGAAGCUCUUGAUAGACUUUAUAAUGUAUGGUAAUUUAUUAAGUUAUAACCACAAAUUAACUCUUUAGAUGCUUGCAUGUAGAGACAUAAACAUUUAAAUCCAAGAGACAUAUAAUUAAAUAUUCCAAACUCCGAGUUUAUAACUUAAUUUUUAAAAUGA